GGCUCUGGGGAGAGGAGACAUCCAGCCCCAGUUGGACAGUGCAUUACAAGAUGUCAAUGAUAAGUACCUGCUGCUUGAAGAAACCGAGAAGCAGACUGUUAGAAAGGCCCUCAUUGAAGAACGCAGUCGCUUCUGUACUUUUAUCUCGAUGCUACGUCCUGUGAUAGAAGAAGAAAUAUCAAUGCUAGGAGAAAUAACGCAUCUACAAACCAUAUCAGAUGACCUGAAAAACCUCACUAUGGAUCCUCACAAAUUGCCAUCUUCAAGUGAACAGGUGAUUCUAGAUUUGAAAGGUUCUGAUUACAGCUGGUCAUAUCAAACUCCUCCAUCUUCUCCCAGUACCACCAUGUCCAGAAAAUCUAGCGUUUGCAGCAGUCUGAACAGCGUUAACAGUAGUGAUUCCCGGUCGAGUAGUUCACACUCUCACUCACCUAGCUCACACUAUCGCUAUCGCAGCUCCAAUCUGCCUCAGCAGGCACCCAUGAGACUGUCCAGUGUGUCGUCCCACGAUUCUGGAUUCAUGUCCCAGGAUGCUUUCCAGUCCAAAUCGCCAUCACCUAUGCCACCCGAAGCACCUAACCAGAAUUCGUCCAGCUCUGCCUCUUCAGAAGCUUCUGAAACCUGCCAGUCAGUGAGCGAGUGCAGUUCCCCCACCUCAGUCAGCUCAGGCUCCACCAUGGGGGCUUGGGCCUCCACAGAUAAGUUGCCUAAUGAGUUUUAUCACUGUAGUUUGUCAAGUGACCCAUACCUAGCUUCAGUUGGUGCAGGUCCUUUCCCUCAUUUCCCGCCUGUCUCCCGCGCAUGGACUCGGGCUUCCUCAACCCUCCUUCCAGACCGCGGUCAUUAUUACACCAUUGGGCCAGGCAUGUUAUCAUCAUCUAAGAUCCCUAGCUGGAAGGAUUGGGCUAAACCAGGUCCGUAUGAUCAGCCUAUGGUGAACACCUUGCAACGCCGCAAAGAGAAACGUGAACCAGACCCUAAUGGAGGAGCCCCAAGUGGACCAUCUGUGCCCAUUGAGGAGGCCCAGAGACCUCGGAGUAUGACUGUGUCAGCUACCACAAGGCAGGGAGAGGAGAUAGAAGCAUGCGAGGAGCUAGCUCUAGCUCUGACAAGAGGUCUGCAGCUGGACACCCAGAGAAGCAGCAGAGAUUCCUUGCAGUGCUCCAGUGGCUACAGCACUCAGACUACCACACCAUGCUGUUCGGAGGACACUAUCCCGUCACAAGUUUCAGAUUGUGAUUAUUUCUCUGUGAGUGCUGAUCAGGAGACAGAACAGCAAGAAUUUGACAAAUCCUCAACCAUUCCAAGAAACAGUGACAUCAGCCAGUCCUACCGCAGAAUGUUUCAGGCCAAGCGUCCUGCUUCUACUGCAGGCCUGCCAACGACGCUUGGACCUGUAAUAGUUACACCCGGUGUAGCAACCAUCAGACGGACUCCUUCCACCAAACCUUCGGUCAGACGAGGUACCAUAGGGGGGGGCCCUAUUCCAAUCAAAACUCCAGUAAUUCCUGUCAAAACGCCAACUGUACCAGAUGUACUAGGGGGACUGCCGGGCAUCCUGGGUGGAGCAGAAGAAUGUGCUGAGCAGAGUCCUGAGUCUGAAUCAGCAGGCAAUGGUGGGCAAGGAGUCACCAGUAUGCCCUCUUCCUUGUGGAGUGGGCAAGCAUCUGUCAACCCUCCACCACCAAGCCAGAAGCUGAAUACCCCAGAUGAGCAGAGACAAGCAGUCCCUGAAAGCGAGGGAGAAGAAAGCGAAAGCGAUAGCUCAAGCAGCCUUGCCCCCCCAAAAUGUGACCCAGGAGACCUGAGCCCUGGAGAUGCCCCACAAGGCGAAGACAUGCUGAACGCCAUUCGCCGUGGUGUCAAACUGAAGAAAACUACCACAAAUGAUCGCUCGGCACCUCGUAUUUUGUAGACAGGAGAGUGCUGCCAGAGUUCUAGUCACUGAGAAUGAACAGUGAGGGAACUUUAUUUGUCUCUAUCCAUUCCAAUCUAUAAUCAAAAGCUUUUGUAGGAAACUCAGUAAUAGACCAUUUUGAAGGUACUAUAAAGGGGAAAA